GCCUCGUAUGUACUACAGGGAGUUGCUACAUCUAUUGAAGCAUCAGAUUAGCGGGUCAUAUGAUGAACUUAUAGAUUGAUAUUGGGUCUAACAAUAAGGGAGUGUCUUAAUUUUAUAGUUAAUUUCUACGAAAUAAAAAUGUUAAAAUUGUUUUUGUGUUGCAUAGCUGUAUUUGUUGCAGUUAAAGCAAGUGGAGAUUUUGUAGUUCUACAUAGUCCAAACAGUGUCCUAUUUAAUGGGAAUGAAGAAGUGGAACAAAGCUUGCUUAAAGAAGUAUUAGCUGCUGCAUUAGGAUUUACUGUUAAACUGAGAGGAAUAUGGAGUGGCAUUUCUAUUACCGAUCCAUUUAGCCUUCCUGAAGCUGUAGUUGCAGUAGUAAUAGAAGGAGUAGAUUCUUUAGAUAUACCAAAGGGUAAAAGAUUUCCUCUAUAUGUUAAUGAAGUUGAAGAAACAACAUGGCAAGCUCUUAGAGAACGUCUUGAAGAAAGAGACAAUGAUAACACUUUAGUAAGAAUUUCAUUAGGAGAUGGUUUAGAUGCUCUAGGACAGUCUGCUCUUGGAGAAUUAAAACCAACUCCUAUCGAUGAAUCAUCUUUGAGAGCUUUAAAUUUAAGGAAGGAAGAGGACAAGAAAUUCCUUGAAGAAGUACAGUUACUCCAUGCAAUUGCUAAAAAAGCACCUUCUGCAAUUAAACCAGAUUCCAAAUCUGAUAUCUAUUGGCUUGUCAUAUCUGGUUUACGCCCGAUUUUUGACGCUUACGGUAGUAAUUCAACUACUUCUAGGGAAGCUUUAUUAUUAUUAAAUAAUGCUUUGAAUGUUAUCCACGAUGCAUUUAUCCAAGCUUAUGAGGGCCAGGUAUUAAUUGUGGCCUUUACAAACGAUGCAAGUAAGGUACACCACAUUCGUUCUGUAACUCAAGAAAGGCAAAAACGGGAGGCUUCAGAACCGCAAGAUGAUCAUCCAGCUGAUAGCACAGAUAUAGAAAAUGAAGAGGAUUUAAAUACAAAUAUUACUAGUACUAGUGAACUAUACAGUGAUGUGGACAGUUCGACUACAGUUAAUGAUUUUGAUAAUGAUAGUGACGUCGGUAAAAAUAAUACGGAUUUGAAUAACACGACGAAUACAGUAAAUUCUAACACACAAAUUAUAGGACAGGGCGUCACUCGUCUUGCAAAAGUUUAUUCAGGGGAUUAUCCUGUCAUCUUUAACAUUCUUUUAUGGUUUGGAGUUGUCUUUGUUUUCUCGCUGCUUGCUAUUUGCAUUGCCAUUGCUCAGAUGGAUCCCGGACGUGAUUCUAUAAUAUAUAGGAUGACUUCCAAUCGCAUGAAGAAAGACAAUUAAAUGUAAAUAUAAAUUUAAAUUAAAUGAUCCAUUCUGUAUAUCUAUUGUACUUAAAUCAUUAACCUUGCUUAAUAAGCAUGUGUCAUUUCAAUUCACAAAGUAUUGAGGAAAAAAAGAACAGGAAAUGUUCCAUUAUGUAUUGUUACAACUAUUGUAGUGUAUUUAUGUAUACAAUAGUUGUAACAUAUGUAAUAUAAACAGUCAGUCAUUUAGUUCUCAUUUAUUAUACACUGUAGGGAAUCAUUAAACAACUAAAUUUUGUUACAUGAUAGUACUGUACAAAAGUAUUUCUAGUAGAUUAAAUCUGUUGUAAAUUAGUAUAAGUUAUAAUAAACAAUACUUGAAUGUAAAGUUAUAUAAAAUAAAGUAACAGUUAUCAUGG